AUGGAAAUCAAAUCAAUGAAAUGCGACAAAAACAUCAUUAAAGAAGUGAAACUAUUUCACGUGUUUGACGACAUACUCGGGUAUAACGUGUUGUUCGCAACCAAUUAUGACUUUGUGUACGGCUUGGGCGCCAACCACUGGGGGUGUCUCGGGUUGGGUCACAACCAGCCCUUCGACACACCCGUCAUUAUACCUGAAUUGUGUCACAAAAACAUUCAACAAUUUUUCAUCGGCGGUGACUUCGCUCUGGCCAUCACUGAACACCAGGGCGUGUAUGGCUGGGGCUGUAAUAAUGGCGGACAAGGCGUGUAUGGCUGGGGCUGUAAUAAUGGCGGACAAGUGGCCAACAGUGAGCACUUGGAGGGCUAUCUAAAGCCUCGACCCAUACAUGAGUUAAACGGAUUGAAUAUAACGCAAAUCAGUUGCGGUUCGUAUCACUCGCUGGCGCUCACCGGCGAGGGCUGUGUCUACGGCUGGGGUUAUGACCGAUACGGACAGGUUGGGUGCGGCCGCGGCGGCGGUGAGUCCAGUUCCCGGUCGCCCCACUCGGCGGUACCGGUGCCUAAGAAAUUGCAUUUCAAACACAAUAAUAAUGAAUAUAAAAUAAAAUCCGUUUACUGUUUGAGUUACUCGUCGUUCGCCAUCGCAUACACCGGCCAUGUGUUCAGUUGGGGUCGCAAUUAUUUCCACAAUUUGGGUCAUCCGGUGGCGGGAAAUGUUGGGAAACCCCUAAUGAUUGGCAAUCUGUCGGGUGUGGAGACCGUGUGCUCCACAGGACUCAUGACAUACUUCCUAUCAAAUGAAGCACGGGCUGAUUUCUAUGACCAAUCACAACUUUUCAAAGAGUUAAACAACCUUAUUAAAAUACGCUCCGACUAUGUCGUACACUAUUUAAACUCGUGGUUCGAAAGCGACAAAUACUACAUACAAAUGGAGUUAUGCGCCGACAGUCUCCGCAAUAUAUUGUUGGCCAAACGUCGAGCGUUUGGCCGCCAAACGGCCGCUCAGGCCAUGAAUUCAGUCGAGUUUUUCAUUUCGUGCCAAUUAUUCAAAGAACUCGUGGAAUGCGUACAGUAUUUGCAUUCAUCGAAACCGGCGGUCAUUCACCGCAAUCUCAAACCCGAGAACGUAUUGAUCGCCCGAACCGUUCGCAACGGCCGGUACUUAAAGCUCAGCGACUUUGGGUUGGCUUCGCUGCUCGACACCAGUAUAGCGGCCGCCAAUCGGGACGCCCUGUAUAUCGCGCCGGAAGUGAUUGAGGGCCACAAGUAUGACCACAAGUCCGAUCUGUACAGUGUGUCCAAAAUUGGCGAACAGAUUUUUGAUUUUAACCUAGAUGAGUGUUUGUAUCAGUCAAAUAACCGCGCGAUCAACACAUGUGUGACUAAACUACAGGAAAUACUGUUGAGGUUGGGAUCGGAUGACCCGCUCGACCGGCCCGACUGCGGCCGAGUGCUGGACAGACAGUGCGAGUGGUCUAUAGACGAGUAUUAUGUGGCAAAUGAUGCCAAUUGUCGGCACGUGUUGUCACACAUCCGGCAAAACGAGUGCCGCUUUUUCUUUGAAUAUUUUGCCGCAAAAUAUGAAUACAUUGUGGAGAUUAUGGGCGGACAGCAGUCGGCGCCCACUCCUACCACUCAUACGUUGGGCAAAAUGUUUGCCAAUGGCAAUAAUUGA